UCGACGGUCCGAAAGUGCAUCGCGACGCACUCACCGCAACGACGUCGCGCUCAAAACACAACGAAUCUUAAAACUGACUUAUUAUGUGUUUGUUUGUGCUCAAAUUGUGUUUAAAUUUUUUAAUUGAAAAAUUUCGUGAUGUGUGUGUGUGAUAAUUGGUUCGGAUGGUGAAUUACACUUUGAACUCAAUACACGAUCAAAAUCCUCCUCCUGCGAAAUGAUAAAAAAUAAAACAAACACUGUCGUGAGUUUAGGAAAUGGAAUGGACGAGUGUGUUAAAUCUGAAAAUAUUGACAUUUGGUGAAAAACACUGAGGACUUGACAAGUGCUAUGUUGAAUGGUGGUGAUAGUGUUCGUGACUGACCCAAGAGGUCCUUUUCCAGCCCAAAGGACAAAACGCGUGACCUACAGCUCGAGAAUAUUUAUUAAACCCAGUUUUCUUUAUACGCAGGUCGAGCCCGGGGAAACCGUUGCCACAACCAAAGAAGAGGAAUGGGUUAGCAAGAAGAAAACCGAGGUGACCAACACCAAACAAAUCGAAACACGGGUAAAACGACAAGUUGUCCUCGAAGAUGGGAAAGUCGUCGAGGAUUCCGGACCUGUGGUCACGUCCAACACCACCGAAGACACAGAAACCCACGAACACCACCAAACUGAAUUGCGGAAACUGGGCGACGACGAAGACGACCAGAAAGCGUUGGAAGGACUACCGGAUGGCACAAUUGUGGAAAAGUCGAAUUGGGUGGCGGUGGCGAAUCCGGACGGAGUGGUUAGGGAGGUUAAGGAGAGGAGGGUUGUUUCUAGAGAGGAGACAGAAGAAGUUAAAGAGACGGAGGACGUGCAACAUUUAGGGGACAUCACAGAUGAACAAUUCUUAGCCGCGGUUCGUAGUGGCCGUUCGGACCUGCGGCAGGUGCUGCGUUCGAACGAGGGUGGACAGGCGCUGGUGUCAACGGGUCCACGUCUGAUACGCGACACCAGCAAGAGCAACAAGGUGAUAGACACCGAAGAUACAAGAGAACUAAGUUCAGUACGUCCCGACGGAAAAAUCAUCACAGAGACUCAACGCACUACCGAACACGAGGAGGUCAACGACGACGAGUGUCCUGACGACGUUCCCGAUCAAAAUUACGAGAAGGAGAGCUCCCAGAGAUUCAAAAAAACAAGGGAACAAGAGGACGUAGAUUAUAUAGCGAACGGGGUUAACAUAGGACACGAGAUGAGGUUCAAAACGGAGACCAUGGAAGUGGAGAGACGUGGAGAUGGAAUGGACGAGGUUGAUUUUGAUUCUUUGUCGGCCAGAGUUCGAAGGAGGACCAGCAACAUCCGACAACAACCUCACAGAUACAGAGGUCUAGAGAACGGUGGUUCACCCCUAGAUAGAAAAGAUGCACUAACAAGGCGCCCCCUAGAUUUCGACCAAGAAGAAGAAACCCGCAAAGUAGAGACGUCGAAGUGGUUGGAACACCAUUUCGGCAGUGAGUCUCGUUCGUCGAGUAAUUCACUUGUCGACGAUGAGGAGCAGGCCGCUCCAAAAACCUCAUUUUUCAAUGUCACUAUUAAGUCCCAGCCCAGCCCCAGACCUGAGCCCGCCCCUCAAAAAACAUAUACUAGUAAUAUGAAUAACAAUUCCCAAAGGGUUUAUAGUCCUGUUGAGCCUGAACGUGAUCGCAACCACCAAUCGGGAUACUAUAAAGGAAUAUCCGAGUGGUCGGAACGUCAGGAACGCCAUCACCAAGAACAUUAUGCUAAAGAGCGUCGAUCCCCGUUGCCAUAUCAUCGAUCACCGUCACCUGUUAUCGACAACCACCGCAGGUUUUCACCCGCUCCCGAUUACCGCCAUCAUCAACAAUCCCCUGUGCCGGACUAUCUCCCGCGCCAUUCGCCUGUUCCGGACUAUAGGGCGCAUUCACCAACCCCGGAUUACGGACGCGGAAUCAGGCGCUCGCCCAAAAGAGACGUGGUGACGCCGACGCCUCCACAGAGGAAACGAACCAAUGACAGACAAAGACAAAGGGUUGUUGAAGAGCGGACGAGAUAUGACAGCGGAUAUAGGAGUAGAAGAGAUGAUAGUCGGGAAAGAAUUGAAGAACCUCCACCGGAUUAUUCGCCACCAAGUCCACCUCCAAUGCCCAGUGAAAAGAAACCGAUGCAAAAAACUAGGUUUGCAGCAGAUCCUCCAAAAGCUAAGAGCGGAAAUAUUAUCGGUCAAUCCAUAAGAAAACUGGUGGGCAAAAUCCGUUCUGCGAGCGCUGAACGCAAGGCUAAGCAAAGGGCGAAACGUUCUCCGAGCCCCUCGUACCAACAGGGUCAUGUCAUAGAUAGCAACAUUGGGCACACGAUGGAACGACAGCCGGUCCAGCGGUACUAUUUGGGAGAAGAUCCUUUCGGUGGCAGUAUUUACGGCCGUGAAAACAAGUACGAAGGCGUGAAACCGGCCAGAAGUUCCAGGAAGCCGAGAGAGGAAGAUCGAAGGAGUGCGUUAUUACAUAAUAAAGUACACAGGUCGCAGAGCACUCUCGGCAGAUUCAGUAAGUCCACUGGACGCCUGGUGAACGCUUCGAUCGAAGAGAGAAACUCGCAGACACUGCCCCGACAUUUGUCUUCCAAACACGAAGUGCCUACUAGAUUGGAGAAAAGUAAUAGAAGCAACAGUACCAUUAACGUGUCCAUCAUCAACACUGUCUCGACGCCCAGAAUUGUUAACGACGGACCGGCCAAACCUGCAAGGACCUACAAGUCAAACUUAUCGCGCAGCAAGAGCUUAAACGUACACGCUGAGGACUUAAACUCCAGGAACAUGUAUACCAGCAAUCCGCAAGUGCACCGUCUGGACGAGAAACCCAUCGGCCUCAAAAGUCCUGGAUUAAUUUCAAGUCUUAAUAGAAGCCCGGAUGUGAGUGAGGAAGUUUACACUAGCCGUUUCUCUACGACUAGAAAUGGCACCAGUGAAACUGCUGACAACAAAAGAGUGUUUAUGUCCACAUUAAAGGACCGUGCGCCAGAACUGUUCAAGACCCUCCACGAAACUGAAACAGACUCAUGGAAGCCCCAGACUUAUAAAACCAUAACGACCACCACGUCCUCAAGGAAUUAUAAUGGAGACAUUUACGAACCUCCAACAAGACUAAGGGACACACAAGUGUUCUCCUCUCCGCAACAUUCGGUGAUUCGAAGGGGAAGCAAUUCCAGUACUGAUUUUUCCGAGACUUAUCACACCACUACCAGAAACGACGACCCGAAUAGACCCAGCGUAACUAACACGACCACAAGCGUCAGUAAGAAGACAAUUCCAUCGAAGGACGGACGAUCAAUGGAAACAAUUGAAUCCAAGGAGACUAGAUCGGUGACGAAAAGUCAUUAUCGCGGAGGCAAUGAACCGAUUAAGUUUUACGAAACUGAAAGAAGAUACAGCAGUUCUGGUAGCAAUCCGGUUGUAAUUGAAGUCAGAAAUUACAGGAAGUAAUUCCGAAUUAUGUGCCUUAACAGUUUUAGAUUUCUCGGACUAACUCUUAGACCAUUAAGACUAUUUAUACUGUUCUAUCGAUUUUGCAUUAAUCAUCUCGUUUCAUUUUAUGAAGAAUUAAUAAUGUAGUAUUUUAAAAUUUAUUUAAAUAAUUGUGCUCAACAUAUUUUUAAGUGUACAUAUUGAUGAGCCAACUCUAAAUGUUAACAAUGUUAACAUGUAUUUUUAAUUUAAUAAAACUUAUACAACUAU